UGGGCGGAUCCAUUGACCCGAGAGGUGGAGGUUGCUGUGGACCUCGCUCCAUCGCACUCCAGCACAAGACCCUGUCUCAAAAAAAAAAAAAAAAAAAAAAAAGUAAAAUUUGAGGAAGCAUUAAAACAAAAGAGCAUGAAGGAAGGAGAAAACUUACAGCACAAGAAGUUUGUAGUUUGAUCCAUUUUGUGCGUUAGGCUGCUGUUUGUUUUGUUGAGGAAUGAUUCUAAGGAUUUUCUUACUCCAUUUCAUCCAUCCAUCCAGUGGACAUUACAGAGCACCUGUUUGUGAUCUAGGUGAAGUGGGGGAAUAGAAAGAAUAAAAUACAGUUCUUAACCUAUGCUUCCUCUAGUUGGUGCAGUUGAAAUGAAACCGUUAAUUUAUACGGGAUGUCGUACCCCGUCCUCUUCACCUCUGAAGCCACGUUCCCCUGGAAGGUCCACUCUGGACACUACACUUUUGUAGUAGGGGAGAAGGCUUUGUGAUGGUCUCUUCCUGAGAACAGUUUGGUCCCAGGACAACCCUUCCUUAGGUACCCAGCAAACAGGGGCCAGGGCAGUGAGGGGUGAGGAAUCUGGAGACAGGACAGGGGCCAUGCAAAUCUCCCUGGGUCCCUGGGGACCAGCCAUAAAAAGAGACUCCAGGUUUUACAGCUGAGCUCUCCAGGUUAGAUAAGCAGAUGCGAGUGCAGGACCUGGUCAGGCAUAAAGCCAGUUCCUGGUUCCAUGGUAAGGUCUCCUGUUCCACUCAAAUAACAUGGAUCAGAAUUAGGAACAAAGUUCAAGAACCCUUUCCACAGAGAGAAAUCAUAUUUGUUGAGAAGCCGCUGCCAGCCGCUUGUGCGAGGAUAUUUCAUGUCGUGUUUUAGUUGAUUAAAUUUAUUUUUAUUACAAAAUAAUACGUGUGACUGUUGAAACGCUAAUGAGGUGUAUCAAGAAAAAAAUAACAAGUAAUCCACUUUCCUGUUUGAAGUAACUGGUUCAAGUAGUCUGUCUUCCGUACAAUUUCUGUGUUUAUAUAAGUACAUAUGAACAGUUUUGAAGUUUUUUUACACAAAAUGGAACGUUUUUUACUAUGUUAAAUGUUUAUUUUAAAAAUAGUAUAUAAACAUAUAUAUAGAUAGAGGCAAUAUAUAAGUAGAUUUAUGUAAGUAGAUUUAACCCAUCCUUGGAAAUAGUUGCAUAUUAUUUUAUAUAGAGAUCGUCAUUAUUUAUCUAUCGCUCCCUUGUUAAUAGUCUCAACGAUUUACUUUGAAACAAAUGGUCUGCCGCACCCUCGGGGCGGGCGCCUGGGCCUCUAUCCCGGAUCUGGGGCUGCAUCUUGAGGUAGAAACUGACACAAAGCGGGGCCUCAGCGGUCCGGGGGCGGCGGCCAAGCUCCGCCCCCACCCGCGGCAGCCAAUCAGCUCCCGGGGACGCUCCCACCCCCACAGUCUGCACUGCAGCCCACCUCCCCCCACACGCCUCUUCCCAGCCACUUCACUACCAAUUUGCAAAUCCCCAAGGCGUCUGCCCCGGCGCCUUCCCCCACCUCUGUGGAAGACUCCCCUACUCCGAAGUAGCCCGGUGUGGAAAUUGCUGGACGAAAGGACUGGCUUUGGGCCUGGGAGGAAAAGAGAGUGGAGCCCCGCCAGACUCCAAGCUGAGUGCUGACAGCCCCUGGGAGUUUAGAACAUCCCUUCUCACACACCGUGCAUUUGAUAGAACACUCCCUGAGGCACGCAGAUCCACAGCUGGGGGGAGGCAGCACCCACAUUUAAAAAGAAACCAACAGAGCCAUGGCAACUCCUUCUGCUGCCUUCGAGGCCCUUAUGAAUGGCGUGACAAGCUGGGAUGUACCCGAAGAUGCCGUUCCAUGUGAACUGCUUCUUAUUGGAGAGGCUUCAUUUCCUGUGAUGGUGAAUGACAUGGGCCAGGUCCUCAUUGCUGCCUCCUCCUAUGGCCGCGGCCGCCUGGUGGUCAUGUCCCAUGAGGACUACCUGGUGGAAGCCCAGCUCACACCCUUUCUCCUGAACGCAGUGGGGUGGCUUUGCUCUUCCCCUGGGGCUCCCAUUGGUGUACACCCAUCCCUGGCACCUUUGGCCAAAAUCCUCGAGGGCUCUGGAAUGGAUGCAAAGGUUGAGCCAGAAGUGAAAGACUCCCUGGGGGUUUACUGUAUUGACGCCUACAAUGAAACCAUGACGGAAAAACUGGUCAAGUUCAUGAAACGUGGUGGCGGCUUGCUCAUAGGAGGACAAGCCUGGGACUGGGCAAACCAGGGUGAUGAUGAAAGGGUUCUCUUCACAUUCCCUGGGAACCUCGUGACCAGUGUGGCUGGCAUUUACUUUACUGACAACAAAGGGGACACGAGUUUCUUUAAAGUCUCCAAGAAGAUGCCCAAGAUCCCAGUGUUGGUUAGUUGUGAAGAUGACCUCUCCGAGGACAGAGAGGAGCUUCUGCAUGGGAUUUCAGAGCUGGACAUCAGCAACUCGGAUUGUUUCCCAUCCCAGCUGCUAGUGCAUGGGGCUUUAGCCUUUCCUCUAGGGUUAGAUUCCUACCAUGGCUGUGUUAUAGCGGCUGCCCGCUAUGGCCGGGGCCGGGUGGUUGUGACUGGCCAUAAGGUAUUAUUCACUGUUGGUAAACUGGGCCCCUUUCUGCUCAAUGCCGUCCGCUGGCUGGAUGGGGGCCGCAGAGGCAAGAUCGUGGUGCAGACAGAGCUGAGAACCCUGAGUGGCCUCCUCGCAGUGGGGGGCAUAGACACCAGCAUCGAGCCCAAUCUGACCAGUGAUGCAAGUGUCUAUUGCUUUGAACCCGUGAGCGAAGUGGGGGUCAAAGAACUGCAGGAGUUUGUAGCAGAGGGUGGCGGGCUGUUUGUUGGAGCCCAAGCCUGGUGGUGGGCCUUCAAGAACCCCGGAGUGUCCCCUUUGGCUCGAUUCCCAGGAAACCUCCUCCUCAACCCCUUUGGCAUCAGCAUUACAAGCCAAAGCCUCAAUCCAGGGCCCUUCCGUACUCCUAAAGCAGGGAUAAGGACCUAUCACUUCCGCUCCACCUUGGCCGAGUUCCAGGUUAUAAUGGGCAGGAAGAGAGGAAAUGUGGAAAAGGGCUGGUUGGCAAAGCUGGGACCAGAUGGUGCAGCUUUCCUGCAGAUUCCCGCAGAAGAGAUCCCUGCCUACAUGUCUGUGCAUCGACUCCUGAGGAAGCUGCUAAGUCGAUACCGGCUCCCAGUAGCAACCCGAGAGAACCCUGUUAUCAAUGACUGCUGCAGGGGUGCUAUGCUUUCCCUGGCCACAGGGCUGGCCCACUCCGGAAGUGACCUCUCUCUGUUGGUCCCAGAAAUUGAAGAUAUGUACAGCAGCACCUAUCUGCGCCCCUCAGAAUCUCCUAUCACCGUCGAGGUCAACUGCACCAAUCCAGGCACCAGAUAUUGCUGGAUGAGUACUGGGCUCUACAUACCUGGAAGGCAAAUUAUAGAAGUCUCACUGCCUGAAGCUGCUGCCUCUGCCGACCUGAAGAUACAAAUUGGCUGCCACACAGAUGACCUGACCAGGGCCAGCAAGCUUUUCCGAGGCCCACUCGUCAUUAACCGGUGCUGCUUGGACAAACCCACAAAAUCGAUCACGUGCCUCUGGGGUGGACUCCUCUAUAUAAUUGUGCCUCAGAACAGCAAACUGGGUUCUGUGCCCAUCACCGUGAAGGGGGCUGUGCAUGCUCCAUACUACAAGCUGGGGGAGACCACCCUGGAGGAGUGGAAGAGGCGUAUCCAGGAGAAUCCAGGGCCCUGGGGAGAGCUGGCCACGGACAACAUCAUUCUGACCGUGCCGACCGCAAAUCUUCGUACUCUGGAGAACCCUGAGCCGCUGCUCCGCCUCUGGGACGAGGUGAUGCAGGCUGUGGCGCGACUGGGAGCUGAGCCCUUCCCUUUGCGCCUGCCUCAGAGGAUUGUUGCCGACGUGCAGAUCUCAGUGGGCUGGAUGCAUGCAGGGUACCCCAUCAUGUGCCAUCUGGAGUCAGUGCAGGAGCUCAUCAACGAGAAGCUCAUCAGAACCAAGGGGCUGUGGGGCCCCGUCCACGAGCUGGGCCGCAACCAGCAGCGGCAGGAGUGGGAGUUCCCACCACACACCACAGAGGCCACCUGCAACCUGUGGUGUGUGUAUGUGCAUGAGACGGUCUUGGGCAUUCCUCGAAGCCGUGCCAAUAUUGCUCUGUGGCCCCCAGUUCGGGAGAAAAGAGUCAGAAUCUACCUGAGCAAGGGUCCCAAUGUGAAAAACUGGAAUGCAUGGACCGCACUGGAAACGUAUUUACAGCUACAGGAAGCCUUUGGUUGGGAGCCAUUCAUCCGUCUCUUCACCGAGUACAGGAACCAGACCAAUUUACCCACAGAUAAUGUUGACAAAAUGAAUCUGUGGGUCAAGAUGUUCUCCCACCAAGUGCAGAAGAACCUGGCUCCGUUCUUUGAGGCCUGGGCCUGGCCCAUCCAGAAGGAAGUGGCUACCAGCCUGGCCUAUCUGCCUGAAUGGAAGGAAAAUAUUAUGAAAUUGUACCUCCUCACACAGAUGCCCCACUGAAAUUGAAGUCCAGAAAUGCAAAAAGGAAUUGACACAUCUCAGCAAAGAAAACUGAAGGGAUUUGGUUAUAAGUGGAGAAGAUCUCAGCACAUUUCUGGAAGAGAGAAAGUGGAUGAAGCAUGAUAAUGAAAGAGUGAAGAACCUUUCAGAUAAAAUAUAAGCUGAUCUGAGCAACAUAACCCCAAAGAGACUUGAGCACCUGAAAAGUUUGUCUACUGAAGAAUUACUCCGGUUGUAAAAUUGAACCCUCUCCUACUCUUCCCCAACUCUUAUGCACAGAACACAGGCAGUCUCCACUAUUGAUACCCGUUAAAAAUGUCUUGUUAUUGUUGCUGUUGUUUGUAUAAAGGAAUUGAACAGACUGCCUGCAGAGAUAUAAGAGUUGGUGCUCCAGAAAAAAAUUUCUCUUCUAGUGGAAAUAAGUGCCCCCAGCCAGUAGCUGAUUCUCUACUGACAGCUGAGACCUCCUACUCAAGUGCCUGUUGCCUUCAGGUAUAGAAGAGAUUUGCUGAAGAAACAGACCUAACCGUACAACAGCAGAGGAAACCCAUGCUGACUGUUAUAGAAGUUAACAGUUAUGUUGAUUCUUAAAUGGGAAUAGUGAGUUAGAAAUUCCCAGACAUGGGUGAUGGGGAGGGAAGAGGAAUAAGAAAAGUCACCAGGUAGAAUUAGGGGCCUUGAAGAUAUGACAAACUGAGGGAAACAAAGACAAUGUAGAAAGAAUAACUUAAUUUUAAUUCCAUCUUCAGAGAGAGUUGGGGUGUAUUUAAGAUGAAAAACAGGAUACUACAAAGAAACAGAAAACUCAGGAGUUCGAGACCAGCCUAGGCAAGAUGGCAACACCCUGUCUCUACAAAAUAAUUUUUAAAAAUUAGCCAAGCAUGGUGGCAUGUGCCUGUGGUCCUAGCUACUUGGGAAGCUGAGAUGGGAAGAUCACUUGAGCCCAGAAGUUCAGGGCUACAGUGAACCAUGAUGGUGCCACUGUACUCCAGCCUGGGGGACAGAGUGAGACCCUGUCUCUUAAAAAGCAGCAAAAGAAAGAGAAAACUGAAAAUAAGAAGAUCUCUUUGAAAAUAAAAUAAGACUGCUAUAAGUAUUUGGUAUACGGUCUGGAAAAUAAAGUUGAGGGAAUCUCUCCAGAUAAAGAGCAAAAAGAGAUAGAAAAUAUAAAGAAAGAAAAGAGACAUAGACAAUCAAUAUUUAAUGUUAGGAGUUCCUGGAAGAGAGAACAGAGACAAUGUAGGUGAAGAAGUAAAAAGAAAAAGAAUUGAAGAACAGAGCAAGCUAAGUCUCCAGAUUUAGAGGUCCCAAUAAAAUCUACAUCUAGACACAAUGUUGUAAAAUUUUGGAAUAUUAAGAAUAGAAGGAAGAGAUUAAAGUGGCCAGGGAGAAAACAAAUGAGGUCAUCACGAUUAGCUCAACACAAAAAUGGAUGAGAAAUAGACUGCUGACAGAUUUGUCAUCAGCAACACUGAAUGCCAGAAGUCAAUGGGUCAACAUCUUCACAUAGCUUAUAGAAAAUUUUUAUACCUAGAAUUUCACAGUAAGGCAAACUGUCAAGAAGAAUAUCAAAGUGAAGACAUUUUCUGACAGGCAAAUUUUCAGAAAGUCUUCCUCCUCUGCACCCUUACUGAGGAAGUAUCUUGAGGAAGCUCUCCAGCAAAAUGAGGAUGAAAACCAGGAAAGAAGAAGGAAUGGGAUCCAUAAAACAGCAGAAAGAAGAAGAAAUGGGAUCUAUAAAACAGUGGACCUUACUUAGGAUGUCUCAUUCUAGAGUGACAGUUAUCCAAAAGGAUGUCUUACUCUAGAGUGACAGCUAUCCAGCAGACUAAUUUCAGAUGAGAACACAGUCUUGGGCUUUCUGGGAAGAAUGUGCAUUCAGUGCCAUAGAUGGUAUCAUUGAGAAGCUAGGAUGCUUGAGAAGGUUAUUUAGUCAAGAAAAAGACAAAUCAACAAUAUGUCAAAAAAUUCAGGUCCAAUUAUAGAGCAAAAUAAAAUGAGGCAUGAUUUUGAGUUAUUCAUGAAAAAUAAGAAGAGGCUUGAUAGGUACAUUUCCUUUUCUAUGGCACAGGCAUGAUGAUAUUGGGUGUGUAGGGAAGAAAAUAUCCUAGAAAGAAAAUAUAGUAAGCUCUCAGUAAGAAGUAUCUAGCCAAAAUAAUAUCGAUAUCAUUUAUCAGUAUUCAGUGUUCAGAUCAGCCUAUUGACAAAGUGUGAAAGGCUUCAUUUUUUAUUCAGAACUGAAGUUGAAAGUAAUUAAUGCUGACAAAGGGAAAGAAAGCAGAAAGAGAUUGAGAAUUAGAGGAAGAUAGGUGGAAUCAAAGGUAGAGAUACUUAUAUAUUCAAAGUGGGGAUGAAAAGAUCUUCAGUUAAUGGAACAAGAACUAGAGGAUUAGUAUAUUGUUCAAAGCUAUAAAUCAAACCAAUAGAUGUAUUAAAAAGUGAUGUAACUAUCAGACAUUUGGAGAGAGAUGGACAAAGGAAAGUGGAGAUAGUGUAAGUUAAAUCCUUAUCUUUUGUAAUGGGGAAUUAUUAAAGAUGGUGUAAAGUCACUAAGUCAGGAAAUUAUUGCUCAAACAUAUUAUUUAAAGUUAGAAAGUUAGUUACCAGACGAUCUAAAAUAAAUAUUGUUAAAAGCAUUACCUCUAGGGAAUGGGACUAGAUGUAAAAAGGGUGGGAUGGGAAACUGUGUUUUUCAGUUUAAGUCCUUCUGUACUAUUUAAUUUUUUACCUUGUGCAUGUAUUACUUUGAAAAAAUUUCUAAUAAACCCAAAUAAAAAUCUUCCAGUGACUUCACAUU